AUGUCCAAAAGGGUGGAUAUCUGGAAGAACUGGUAUUAUCAGUCAGGAGACUUCAUCUAUGGAGGCAUUCUUUUCCAGACAACUUUCCUUUCCAGUCCGUACAACUUCAGCCAAAAUCCUCCUGGGCCACUACCUGAACUAAUACUGACUGAGAACUACCAGCACAUCCUGGCUUUGGCAUUUGCUGUCAAGGAGAUAAAUGAAAAUCCUCAGAUGUUACCAAAUAUUACACUUGGAUUCAAUAUUUAUGACAGCUAUAUGACUCCAGCGUGUAUCUAUCGUGCUGCUAUACAGUUUAUUUCUCCAAACAACAGUCUUCUCCCAAAUUACAAGUGUAGCACCCAGGAUAAUCUACUGGCAGUCAUUGAGGAAUUGACGUCUGACCUCUUCUAUGAGAUACCAAAUGUUUUGGGGAUCUACAAGAUUCCAGAGCUCCUUUAUGGCUAUGCUACACUGAUAGCAGAGAACAGCAAACCCCUUUCCUUCUAUCAGAUGGUUCCAAAUGGAGUCCAUCAAUACAGGGGGAUUCUUCAAUUACUUCAGCAUUUCACAUGGAGUUGGGUUGGAUUAAUUACUGCAAAUGGGAUGGAUUUGGAAUGGUUCAUGAAGAACAUGCUUUCAGAAUUUUCCAAGAGUGGCAUCUGUUUUGCUGUCAUAGAAUCAUUCACCAGUUUAUAUUAUGAUGCCAACAAAGGAGCUUAUUUUACAUCUGCAAUGGUAUUGUAUGAUAAAAUCAUGAACAACAAAGCCAAUGUGUUAGUCUUUUAUGGAGACACAGAAUCGAUGACAACACUGAGAUGGAUGCUAUGUACAGGAAUUAAAGGCACAAAACAAAAAUCACAAGGCAAAGUUUGGAUUCUGACAGUUGGGAUGGAGUUAAAAUCCUUCAGUCAAGUGAGCUGCGAUGUACAACAUUUCCAUGGUUCUAUGUCAUUUACACUUCACUCAAAUGAACUUCCAGGAUUCCAAGAAUUUCUCAAGAACAGAAACCCUUCCAGCACUAAAGGAGAUGGUUUUAUCAAGGACUUCUGGACUCGGGCAUUUGGUUGUACAUUCCAGGAUUCUGCUGUGGACAAUGUGAGCGGGGAUACCUGCAGUGGAGAGGAGAAGCUGGAGAACCUUCCUGGGCAUGUCUUUCCAAUGACCACAACAGGCUGCAGCUACAGCAUUUAUAAUGCUGUCUAUGCUGUGGCUCACAUUUUACAUAUCUUUUGUUCACAAACCUUCAGAAGCAGGGCCAUCAUGAAGGGGGAGAGAAAGAAGCUUUAUAAUCAGCAGCCAUGGCAGUUCCACCACGUGCUGAAAUUAGUCUCAUUCAACAACAGUGCUGGGGAAAAAGUGUUCUUUGACCAGAAUGGAGAGCUAGUUCAAAGAUUUGACAUUAUGAAUUGGGUCACAUUUCCAAACCAAUCAUUCACUGGAAUUAAAGUUGGAAGGGUAGUUCCCCAGGCGCCUCCAGAUGAAACAUUCACCGUUAAUGAGGAUGUCAUAGUAUGGCACAGCUGGUUUAACCAGGCUCAGCCCAUUUCUGUGUGUAAUGCCAACUGCCAACCUGGUUAUAGGAAGAAAAAGAAAGAGGGUAACCCUUUUUGCUGCUUUGAUUGCACUCCAUGUCCAAAAGGGUGGAUAUCUACCCAUACAGACUUGGUUGACUGUUUCAAAUGCCCAGAUGAUCAAUAUGCAAACAAGGAGCAAAAUUUAUGCAUUCCAAAGAUUAUAAGUUUCUUGUCUUAUGAAGAACCUUUGGGUAUCAGUUUAGCCAUUAGUGCACUUUCAUUUUCUUUGAUCACAGCUCUGAUGAUAAGAUUUUUUGUGAAAAAUUGGGACACUCCCAUAGUCAAAGCCAACAACCGGGACCUUACCUACACUUUGCUCAUAUCUCUCCUCCUUUGUUUCCUAUGUGCAUUACUAUUCAUUGGUCAACCAGCAAAACUGACAUGUGUCCUCCGCCAAACUACCUUUGGCAUUGUCUUUACAAUGGCCGUUUCUUCUGUAUUGGCAAAAACCAUCACUGUGGUUGUAGCUUUCAUGGCCACACAGCCAGGAUCCAGGAUCAAGAAAUGGGUGGGGAAAGGACUAGCCAGCUCCAUUGUUCUUUCUUGCUCCAUUCUUCAAGCUGGCAUUUGCCUUGUGUGGCUGGCAACCUCUUCCCCAUUCCCAGAUACUGAUACACAUUCAAUGACUGAAGAAAUUGUCCUGCAGUGUAAUGAGUCAUCCCCAAUAAUGUUAUACUGUGUCCUGGGCUACAUGGGCUUGCUGGCCUUUCUCAGCUUUGCUGUGGCUUUUGUUGCCCGGAAGUUGCCAGACAUUUUCAAUGAAGCCAAGUUUAUCACUUUCAGCAUGUUGGUGUUUUGUAGUGUGUGGUUGUCUUUUGUUCCAGCCUACUUGAGCACCAAAGGAAAAUACAUGGUAGCUGUGGAGAUCUUCUCUAUCUUAUCCUCCAGUGCUGGGUUGUUGAGCUGCAUCUUUUUCCCCAAAUGCUACAUUAUCUUGUUGAAACCUGAGCUGAACAAAAGGGAGCAUUUAAUUGGGAAAGGAAAACACUGA